AUUUGCAACUCAUCAGGUUCUCCCUUGUAUGUUCCUAAUAGGCUGUGCGAAAAUGUGCUCUGCCAUAUACUAGAUAAAAUUCGAAAUAAAGCCGUAGUGUCUAAAAUUCAUAAUGCCAGCAACGAUCACUUGCAACUAUUACAUUUCAAAUCAUCUAAAUUAUGGAUCUUCAUAUUGAACGCCACUGGUGAAGUUAACGAGUUACUCAAUCAUCCACAUGUGGAGAGCGUUCGUUCAAAAAUUUCUCAGCUCGUCUGUGCAAUAGAGGAUCAAUCAAUCACGAUCGGAAUGCUUAAUACUUUAGUUGAAUUCCCAAAUGAUAUAUUGACAGGUUAUUUUAAUGCGGGAAUCGGUACUAAGAAGAAAAAAAUUGCCAACGAAAUGUUGGAUUCCCUUAGAGAGCAAUUGCGCGAACAUUCAAAUACCGUUGAAAAACUCUUUUCAUUCUACAAUAGGUGGUGCAACAAGGCUGAAGAUACUCUAGCUUACCUAGAUGAUCUUACUGAAAAAGUGAAUAAUUUGAAUAAUACACCAUUUCUUGAACUGGUUAAUCCACAUUAUUGGUCGAUUCAUAAUGAGAUAAUCGAGGUCAGCCGAAGAGCAUACCAAUACGAAAAUUCACAAACCUUUGCAAAUGUAUUUGAAAUAGACACGAACGAAGAAGUUCAGAAAAGUGUGCUUCUUGUAUCGCAGGUAUUUGGAGAUUCUUUGCUCGAAAGAUAUCAAAGAAUUUGCAUAGAAUAUAAAAGCUGGAAACAUAUCAAGUGUUCCGAGGCGCGACCGCUUUGGAAUGGAAUCACCAGCGAACAAGUCAAACAUGAACUGGAUCUGAUGGCCGGUGAUGCAACAUGGUACCGACAACGCCAAACGCAAAAUGAUUUGCUUAGAUCAAUAGAAUAUCUGGCCCAAUUUCCGUCUUCGAUCAAACAACUCAAAAACCUUUCGGAUGUCCUCACCCAAUUUAAUAUAAAGAAUAAGGAGAAAUCCUGGGCAAUCGAGAUGCUAAACACUUUAGAAAACACCGAUAUGAUUCUAGGAGAUCUACAAGACUUUUUUAAAAAGUACAAUAAAAAGUAUGGUGCUUAUAGGGAAUGCUGGUCUCUCAUCAAAGAACUUUCGUUUGCCAAAGAAUUUAUUGAUUUCCUACUUAAAGAAUUGAUCGGACGUGAUUUAACAAAUCUCAUUAACG